AUGUAUAGAGCUAAUAACCGUCGAAAUAAUGAUGGCAGUGGGGUUAGAGGACCAAAUAGUGCGUUAACGCAAUUUUUGAAAGAACAAGGUAUUAGUGCAGAAAAUAUUAGAGAAAGAUGGUUAGAAACACAAAAGAACAAGUCCGAGGAAGCUGCAGAUAUCAGCAAAGACGAUUCAGAAACUGAGUCUGAUGAGGAAACACCGAAACGUGUCACUAAAAAGAAGGUGGGCAAAAAUCUAAAGGAAGAUGACACUAGUUCUUCAUCAGAUGAGGACAGUGAUGACAGUGACUAUUCUCCAGAAGAAAGACUUAAAAAAAUACGUGGUGAUACUCCUUUAGAUUCUGAUGAAGAGGAGUCAUCAUCUUUACCUGUAUCCGGAAGGCAGAAAAGAGCCGUUUCUCUAUUGAAUGGUAAAAAGUCAUCUCCACAACGUGCCAAAGCUCAACUCCAGCAAAGAAAGAAACGAAGAAAGAAGGCAGCAGAUCUACUUGAUAGAAGAAAUUCGCCGAUCCUUUCACUUCAAGAUAUCUGUAUUAAAAUAAUUACAAAGUCCAUUAUAGACUAUAAUGCACAAUCUAUGGUUGAACACAUCAGAGAUACUUUAGGUGGCAUAUCUGUUGAAAAUUUAAACAAACUUGCACGAGCACUUACGAAAAAUAGAGCAUUGAAUGAUGAUACUUUACAGCUUUUCUUGAACACGAGUUUAACUACUUUGAGUUUUUAUGACUGCUCAAAAUUGUCUUUUGAAGGGUACAAGAGACUAGCAAUAUUCUCUCCCCAUUUGGAACACCUUUCUCUACAAAUGUGCGGACAGUUAAAUAACGAAUCGUUAUUAUAUAUUGCCGAAAAGCUCCCGAAACUAAAGGAAUUGUGUUUUGAUGGUCCCUUUUUGAUCAACGACGAUACGUGGGUAAAAUUCUUUGAACUAAUGAAAGGAAGACUAUCGAUGUUCCAUGUUUCUAAUACACAUAGAUUCAGCGAUAAAGCAUUGCUUGCAAUGCUCAAGAACUGUGGCUCUUCUUUAACAUCACUUGGUCUUGCAACUCUAGAUACUGUGACCAACUAUGCACUCUUACCACAAUAUCUUGAUUCUCCAAAUUUUACCACCUUAACGUUGGAGGAGCCUUCCAGAGAAACAGAUAUUAAUGAUGAGGUUAUAAUUAGCCUUUUGGGAGCUAUUGGGAAGAAUUUAAAGAAACUCUCACUCAAUCGUUGUACAGGACUGACGGACAGCUGUAUAAUUAAUGGAUUUUUACCCUUUUUGUCUAACUCAGGAGAAUCACAACUUGAAGUCUUAGAACUAGAAGAGCUAGAUCAAAUUUCCACGGAUGGUAUUGUUCUAUUGUUUUCUUCUAUUAAAUUCCCUCAUCUUAAAGAAUGUAGCUUGAAAAGAUGUUUCUCAUUAGAAGAUGCUGCUUUAGUUGAAUUGUUAUUGAACGCAGCUCCUACAUUGGAAAAAUUGAACUUAAAUGGUCUAAAAUCUCUUACAGCACAGGCAUUUUCCUUUAUGAACUGCCCUAACCUGAAACAACUCAACUUAGGUUUUAUUCACUGCAUCAAUGACGAAAUAGUAGAACAAAUAUCCAAUAAUAAUGAAAACUUAUCCAUAAUUGAAGUAUAUGGUGACAAUCAAGUUACAGCAAAAUGUUCCCCACCAAAUCGGGUUACUAUUAUCGGUAGACAAAGCGAUAGUAUUUAA